AUGUCAGAGCCUAACACUACACAGGAUACGAUUCUCAUUCCGCCAAAUCUUUAUUAUAAAGAGUACUGGCUAAAUACCAGCUUUCAGGAUUGGUCUGUUGAGUCGUUCGAUAUAUUUUGGAUCCAACAAAAUCCAACUCUCCAUCAAAGGCAAGAUCGAGCCCAUACUUCGUUAGCUAUCGAGUUGAAAAUUCUCUCUGAAGCAUCUGAUCAAAGGGUGGCAGAAAAAGCGUUGUUGUUACAUAAAUCAUUAAAGUGUAAGAAAUCAGCAGAAAUCAUUGAUAUUAUCUGGGACCAGAGCAAAGAAAUUGCGGAUUCAAAAGUUCGUUUAACACUGAGUGAACUGCUAACCAAGACGAAAAUUAAGACAAAUAUUAUCGGUGAAAUCGGAGAUUUAGGAAGCAAAAGUUCUCCUGAUGCAAUAUCAGCGGUGCAACCUCAAAAUGAAAAGAAUCGCAACAAGCACGCUAUAAGAGAAGACAGCCAGUCGGAUGAUCUGUUCAAAAAAAUAAAUGAAGAUGACGAGGAAUUUCUUGAAAAUGUUGGACUUCUAUUUAAUGAGUCAAAUGAGGAAUCAAUUAUCGAGAAAGUUGAUGAGAAUUCGCUAUUGGACGAAGUUCGAUUGCCAUCAGUAAACAUUAAUAACAAAACAUCAGAGGAGUUCCUUGAUACAAAUACAAUCGAGGCAUUUAGCGAAUAUCAAAAAAAGAUACCAAAAACUCGCAAGGCUUUGACCCCUGCGUAUUGGGGAAUAUUGGAUUUGACGAAGGAGAGUCUCAAAAACUCAGGUAUAAAGGAUAUGGCUAUACAAAAAUUAUCUCAGGAUUUUUCAAACAAAAUUGGAUGGAAUGAUGUUACAGCCCCAAAAGAAAUUCAAGAAUAUUUCGACAGAAAUUGUGUUGAUGUCGAUAAUAUCGAUGUCAUCAAAAAAUUAGACAGGAACGUCCAAUUCAUGGUAGAUAAAUUGCCUAAGCUACGAAAGACGUGCACCGAAGAAGAGCUAAAAAUGUCAACAACAUUUCCAUUGUUUUCAGGAAUUUUUAAUUCGCCGGGUGAAAUUCGGGCAAUCUCGACAAAUAAAGCACGGAAUGAAGAACAAAAUCCCUUCAUGAAGGCUAGAAUUGGACACAAGGUUGACAUGAAAGGAACCUUGGUCAAAACGCCGAAUAAAUUUGAAAUAAUAUAUGGCGAAAUUUCCGGUGGUUUGACUUCUUUUGGCUUGCCCGCUUCCUGUAGGAAAAAACAAUAUGUGGACAAAGUAAAACUUAUGGUGAUGUUAAGGGAUAGUCUGAAUCAAUUCUUUAAAAACUAUUUGCACGUAACAGACAAACAACGUAAAAAGUUAAUAGUCUACGGUUGGUUGCAAGUUGGAGUUGAGCUAAGCUUUUACGCUAUGGAUUGGAUUGGAUGCGGAAUAUACAGAUUUGGUAAAUUAGAUAAGUGCGAAUUACCGGUCGAUGAAGGUGAUUUAAGCAUCCUUGAGGAUGCGUACUGCAUUCUUAGGUUGCUAGAGUCGAAAUCGCUUGAAUCAGAAAAAAUCAUAAAAGAAAUCUUACAAAAUAAUACGAAAAACAAAAGACGACGUAUGAUGACAGAAAGUAAUCCUCAUUUAAAUAACCGAACUCCUAUUAAAUAG